GGACUUUCAGUUGUGUUCUCGUGAUUAUUAGUGCCUUGUCUUUACCACAGAUUACGUACCAGUAAGUAGCCCUAGCUCAACUUAUGAUGACUGUUCGAUAUUAUAUUGAGUACCUAAAAGUCCUAAGUAUUUAUUAAUAGGUUGUAUGAACUUCAAUAAAUACUUCGUCAACAAACGUGUGAAGCUAAAAGCAACCAUAUGGAGUCACAGAUGAUAUAGUGCAUGUUUGUUCCUCUCAUUCCCACCUUCUAUAUACUCUUUAGCCUCACGUUUUUACUGAUCAUGGUGGUUUGAAGGUUAUAAAGGUUAAUAAACAGAUAAACGCUCAAGAUUGAUCGUCACUUAUAAGAACUGGUGACCCUUGUUGAUCGCCGUGAUAUGUGGUACUGUGACAGUCCAGCCUCCCUUCUAGUUUAUCAAUAGAGGUAGAUGGUUUAAAACUCGACACUUCCCACUCAUAUUAACCCCUUAAAACCAACAUAAGUGUAUAUUAUCAGUGAUUACACUCUGAUCUCUUUUAUUGCGAUGUUUUCUAAUCGCUGUCUUUUCCAAAGUUUCUAGUAUUUGGACCGUAUCUAAGGCUACGUAGUCCUGUCGGAUGUUCAGUUUCAGUUACCCAAGCGAAUAUUGGUGCAGUUAUCUAACGAAAUGGGAUCUUAUAUUGAUGAGGAUACUGGUGUUAAUUCAAACAUCUCUGAAAUAACACUACAGUCGGACACUUCUAUGAGUGAACAACAAAAUGCUCGUAUGUAUCUUUUCCCUGUUUAUUCGAGUUGCUAUUACUGCGAUUUGUAUUUCAUAAUAUUUUGCUCUCGUUUUAAUGGUGUGAUCGGCAAAAAUUUUGUCAACAUGUGCCUAACUUCACUAAAAUUUUCACAACAUUGUCAUAGAUUUUAUACGACUCACAUAAAAGUACAUCUCUAUUGGCGAACUGUCUUUAGCAUACGUAUCCCUUCGACUCCAAAGGUCUCGAACACAGUCGUUUUUAAUGUAUUUGAAAAUACUUCGUGCUUUGAAAAAUCAUGUUUGCUAAUGAUAUUUUUUUAACGAGUGAUUUGGCGUUUGGAUUGUGAUCGCACAGCCUUCCUUCAUUUGUUUAGUUAUUCUAUGGCAACGAGCAUUCAAGAAGGUUAAGUCAAUAGACCUGGACUCAUGGAGCAAUCUACCAUGGGAUAAAUGUCCUGUUCGAUGCGCCCUCAGACACCGGUACAGCGCAAUCAAGAAGAAAUGGGUUGUGGAUGAAGUGCAGAUCAAAAUGGAAUCAGAACCGUUCGACCGUGGAGCGAUGCGGGAAUGCUUUAGAAUGAAAAAACAGAGUCAGAGAGCAUCAGGUACUAAUGACUGGCACCAUACGUCAAAUUAUGUGGCCAAGCGAUACAUAGCCCCUACAGACAAACAGAUAUACUUUGACGAUGUACGUCUACAAAUGGAAGCAAAGUUAUGGGGUGAAGCUUUUAAUCGCCAUAAUCCUCCCAAAAAGGUGGAUAUCUUCCAGCUGUCUAUUCUCGAAUUGUCUCCUGACAGUUCUGUUGGUAGUGAUCAAUUAGAUUUUUCACCAGUAUUUUUUCAUAUUGAACGCUUUAUGGAAGGAGAAUAUCGUAAAUACAACUCAAAUUCUGGCUUCGUUGAUGAGUGCUUACGUAAUACCCCACAGACCUUUAGCCACUUCACAUUUGAACGUUCUGGUCACCGAUUGUUAGUAGUAGAUAUCCAAGGUGUUGGAGACUUGUACACUGAUCCUCAAAUUCACACAUCAGAUGGAGUGGGCUACAAUGACGGCAAUCUAGGUACGCGGGGUAUGGCUUUAUUCUUUCAUAGCCAUAGAUGUAAUCCUUUAUGUAAAUGGCUAGGAUUGGCCCAAUUUGAUUUGGCACCCUCUGAAUUAGAUGAGCCAAUGCAGUGUCAACAAACUGACCAAAUUCCACCUAACCCCUCAGAAAAAGAAGUCAAUCAAAUUGACCUGAGUAUAUAUGGGAUGUUUCGCAAAUCGAAAUUUCGUCGACGCACAAUCAGUCUAAAUAAUCAGAUGUCCUGUAAAUCUCCGUCUCACUUAUAUGGUCCGACAGUUGUUCGUUCAUCUGAGAGCAUGCUUAUGUCGGCACUUUCUGAAACUCGUCGUCGUUGUGCUAGUGUCUCACUUUGUGAUCAUCCUAAAUCUGUGGGACAAAGUUCGGAUUGCGUAUCAUCUUUCCAUUCAGUAGGUGACGGUCUUUCGUUCGACAGCCCUGACGCUCUGAAGCUUCGUGAAACAUGUCUAAAUCCCCCUUUCCAGCUAUCAAGCCGUCAACUUUCACCUGAUUUAAAUAUAUCUGGUCACGGACAGAGCUGUCCACAACCAAUGCAAAAUUUCAGUUCGGUUGUCCCCAAGCAACCGGAUUCGAGAAAUCGUGCAGCAUCUGGUGACUCAGGAUAUGUUGGACGAAUUAAUUUAAUCCAACCUUGUUCCGACCUACCUGUUAGUAGAUCUCACGAAAUCGCUUCUGGAUUCGAUCAAAACUGUAUGGAUUUUUGUGGUGAUUCUACCUCAGUUGAUUUACCAGUACGUAUAUCUCAAUCUAAUGUCCUGGGUAUGCGGUCCUUAGAAUCUCAUCAAUUAGUGGAUGAAGCCUUUCCUACGGGAUCAAAUUAUUCAAUUUCCAAUCGUAGUAUCUUUAUUUCCAAAAGACAGCGUAAUAUCAGUGAAUCUAGUGAUGUAGAUGCGGAAGAAUGUCAUCGUGUGCCAGGAAAUUUGUUGUAUCAACUAAUGCAUGAAAAUCACAAACCCAGUUGUGCCGAUCAUCCUACAAACUUGGAUCAAGAAAUUGGCCAUUCCAUUCUUGGGCAAAUACAUCAUGAACUUGCUAGACUUCAUGAAGCUGGACGUUUCAUUCCAAAUAAAGGUCAAUGGUCACAUGUAGGAUUAAGAGGUGAAGGGAUUUUCAACAAGGACUCUUGGGAAGUUAGUGAGUUCGAAGAAUCACAUAACGAAGCAAAUAAUGACCUAGUAACUUUGAUCGAUUGGUCAGCUGUCCUAUUCCAUGAAAGUCACGCUGCUCAGCUAGGCUGUCUGGAAGCCAUGAUAGUCAUGGCACAUUAUUAUCUUGGUUUACCAACUCAGCUGCUACUGGAGUGCCCAAUAAAACCGGAUCCAAGUGAUAUACGUAUUGGUAUCGAUCAUCUUUGGCGUGCUGCAGAAGGUGGUGAUCGUCGAUGCAUGAUCCUACUUGCUCGCUAUCUAGAUUUGUCAGUUAAUUUCCUAAAUCCAGAACAUCAACCCAACUUCAUAACAAAUUCGCGUGACAUAUUUAUGCUUCCUGCCUUACAAUCGUUUCUUAACAACGAUAGUCAUUCAUUACUUCCCUCCAUAUCCCCUGAUUCUUGGUCCGAAGCUAUAGGGUGGUAUAAACGAGCAGUCGAUAGCGCGGUAGGUUCAUCCGCUUCCAGUGAUGGAUGUACAGAUGAAGGUUUAGAUGCUGAAGGUCACUAUGAUGCUGCUGAAGAUCUGUUGCCUGUUUAUCGUAUCUUGGCUCGUAUGGCUGAAAUGUAUUCUGUCGGUGGCUUCGGUCUUAAGCAAAAUUUUUAUUUAGCUGGAGAUCUAUUCACUCAAGCUGCAGAAAUUGCGUCUGGUUCACUACAGGGUCGUCUGGCUGCAAGAUAUUUUGAGUUAGCAGAUGAAGCAUACUCAUCAAGUGAACAAAUCACAAACUGAUAGGAAGUAUAUUUUGACUUCUUAGGCGUCAAAAGGCAUGAUUUAACAUGCUCUAUCCCUGGUGUGCUGUUUAUACAGUUAUAAACAUCAGUACUUGUAUUAUUUUUUACUCUUUUGUUCGUGUAAUGUAUUUCUUACGAUCCAUAACACUAGUUUUGGCACUAUAUUGCAGUUCUUUCUAUCUUACAGUCAUCCGGUUGUACUACUUUUGUUUUGCUUGUUAUAUUUCAAUACACAUUUUUCAUUUAUAUCAUUCUGCACUUAUCUUCGGUUUUUACUACAUGUUCGAUCAAUUUUUUACGAAUAGCUGCUGUUUCUAAUUACAUCUAAUGCUAUUACGUUAUUGGCUCAGUUUGUAGUUUACUCAGUGAAAAUUACAACCUGUGUUUCGUUAGUUUCAAGGAUUCUCGUUAUGUUGAAGAUGUAUUACUUACUUACGCCUGUUACCCCUCGUCGAGGAGUAUAGGCCACCCACCAGCACUCCCCAUCCAACCCUAUCCUGGACAAUUCUUUCCAGUUUCUAUUCAUCCUCUGGGUGUCUGCUUCCAAUUCUCGGCGCAUGGUGUCCUUUUGCCUUCCCCUUUUCCGUCCCGAUUAAGGAUUCCAAGUUAGGGCUUGCCUGGUGAUGGAAUUUAAUGGUUUUUGUAAUGUGUGUUCUAUCCACUUCCAACAUCUUUUCCUAAUUUCCUCGUUAGCUAGUUCGUUGAGUUUGUUAGUUUCUCGUAGGAAGGCUGUAAUGAACCAUUGUACUGCCGUUUCCCCAGCUGUCCAGUGUUUCUUUAGCCUCAGUUUCAUCUUGGCCACAACCAGGUGGUGAUCUGAAGCUUUGUCAGCUCCUUUCCUGGUUCUCACGUCCGCCAUUGUCCUUCUGAAUUUUUUAUUGAUACAAAUAUGAUCUAUCUGGUUCUCCGUGUUGUGAUCCGGUGAGACCCAUAUGGCUUUGUGUAUGCGUUUGUGUGGGAACUUUGUGCCGCCUAUAACCAAUUUAUUGAAUGCACAUAGGUUUCCAAAUCUCUCCCCAUUCUCGUUCCUUUCUCCCUGUCCGUGUCGUCCCAUGAUAUCUUCAUAUCCAGUGUUAUCUAUUCCGACUUUUGCGUUUAGAUCUACCAUCAGGAUGGUGAGGUCCUUUCUCGGACACUUCGCUAUGAAUGACUGCAGCAUCGACUAGAACUGAUCUUUAUUGUCGUCGUUGCUAUGAUUGGUGGGUGCAUGACAUUGGAUAACAUUCAUCGUGAUUCCCUCCUUUGUUUUGAAGGACGCCUUUACGAUUCUGAAUCCGUAAGAUUCCCGUCCUAUAAGUGUUUUACCUACUCCUUUGGACAGCAUCAGAGCAACUCCCUGGGUGUGUGGAGCAUUUCCUUCUUCGUGACUAGAUUAUAGCAGCAUCUCCCCCGUAUCUAACCUUUGCUGUCCAGCUUGGGUCCAAUGGGUUUCACUGACUCCGUGCACCACUAGGUUGUAUCUCAUUUCCGUUGCUAGUUGACUGAUCCUCUCGGUCUCCCACAUUGUCCGGACGUUCCAUGUACCGAUAAAAAUUGUUCUGGUUGGUAGAAAGGGCAUCAUCUUCGUGACUGCCGAAGACUCGGUUUUCAUAAUGAGGCGUCAUAAUUCUUCCUUUAACUUAGAGGACAGAGUUUAAAUGGUUUAAUUUGUUUAAUCUGGUUAGCGUUUUUCAGUAAGAUUUUUUUUCCACAGGAUGGGGUUGCGAACCGUAUGAGCUACAGGCGGAGUAUUUAUACUAGCCACUAUUAAGUUGUUUUCGUAAGUUCAUGUACUUUAUUUUCAUUUUUAUUUAGAAAACUGAUUAUCAAGCGGUCUUGUCAAUAUCCAUGCUUACUAAGAUAAAAGAAAUAUGUAAUCAAGUUUCCCAAACCACAACAGUUUAUCCAGCUUUGAUUUAUAGCACUAUGAAAUUCCUUUUGAUUUUACUAUCCACUGCCUAUUUGCAUAUCGUCUUACUUUAAUGUAAUCACAAUUUUAAACAAGUCUUAAUAGAAGUUUCUAUU